ACAUAUUUGCUCUUCUCAUAGAAGUUGAGGGGAAAAAAAAAUGAAUUUGAAGGCUUUCUCCAAGGCCUCGUUCCUCUUCUACCGGUACGUCCUAAGGAGACUUAGAAGUGCCCAUGCAACCCAAGUAAAAUUGUGCAAGCGCCCUUCCCAAGAGAAGCUGUCAAGCCAAGUUCUAGUCUGUGAUGUGGAAGGAGGGCUCUUGAGGUCUUCCUCCACCUUCCCAUACUUCAUGCUUGUGGCCUUGGAAGGAGGGGAGUUCCUAAGGGGUCUUCUACUCUUGCUUCUAUACCCUUUGAUCUGUCUUGUUAGCCAUGAGGUGGGGCUUAGGCUCAUGGUCAUGGUGGCCUUUUGUGGGCUAAAGAAGGAUGGUUUUAGGGUAGGGAGGGCUGUGUUACCCAAGUUCUUCUUGGAGGAUGUGGGGUUGGAAGGGUUUGAGGUCUUGAGGAGGGGAGGGAAGAGGAUGUGUGUUAGUAGUAUGCCGAGGGUGAUGGUGGAAGGGUUCUUGAAGGAGUAUUUGGAGGUGGAGGUGGUCUUGGGGAGGGAGUUGAAGGAGCUUGGUGGCUAUUACACUGGGUUGAUGGAAAAGGAGAGUCAGGCAUGGGAGGGCAUGAAUUCAAAGGAGUUAUUUGGAGGAGAGGGAGAGAUGAAAGCAGGCGCUAUCGGUUUUGGAAGCUAUCUCAGCUCUCAUCAUCACCGAUUGUUCUCCCAUUGCAAGGAAGUGUACUUGGUUAGCGAAGCUGAGAAGAGAAGAUGGCAUCCCCUGCCAAGAUCAGCAUACCCUAAGCCACUAAUCUUUCAUGAUGGCAGGAUAGCCUUCAGGCCAACCCCAAUCUCCACACUCUGCAUGUUCCUAUGGCUUCCCCUUGGCAUCCUUCUCGCCAUCUUCCGAGCCGUCACCUUCAUCUUCCUCCCCUUCGCCAUCUCCACUCCUAUCCUUGCCUUCGUUGGCAUGUACUGCCGGAUCACCACCACCACCUCCUCCUCCUCCCCGCCUCGAGAGCUCGAGCAUUCUCGAAAAUCUCAUGGCCAGAUCUAUGUCUGCAACCACCGCACCCUCCUCGACCCCCUUUACAUCUCGGCCAUGCUCAAACGCCACGUCACCGCCACCACCUACAGCAUCAGCCGCGUCUCGGAGUUCCUCUCUCCGAUCAAAACCAUCAGGCUUACGAGGAACCGAGAGGCCGACAGGGCGAGGAUGGAGUCGGUACUCAGAGAAGGAGACCUUGUGGUGUGCCCCGAAGGGACGACGUGCCGCGAGCCGUAUCUCCUCCGCUUCAGCCCGCUGUUCGCCGAGCUAAUCAGCCAAGAGGUGGUGCCAGUUGCACUGAAGGCGCACGUCGACAUGUUCCACGGCACGACGGCGAGCGGCUUCAAGGGCUUGGAUCCACUCUAUUUUCUGAUGAAUCCAUACCCAUGGUAUGAACUGGUGUUCAAAGAGAAGGUAUCCACUAGUUCUAUCAAUGGCAGGGAGUGCAGCAGCCGUGAGGUGGCCAACUACGUUCAGGAGAAGAUGGGGAAGGCGUUGGGAUUUGAGUGCACAGCUCUGACAAGGAGGGACAAGUACUUGAUGCUUGCAGGUAACGAAGGGCUAAUUGAUAGAGAAGCAAAGGGGAGCUGAUAUGAGAUCAUGGAUGGAUGCAAUGGCUCCUUCCUUUCACAAAAGAUAGGGGAGCAUGGCUAGAAAAAGAUACUGCAAGUGCUCGUUUUACGACAUCUUCUGUUUCUCUCACUUCAUCCUGCUUCUAGGCUUGUGAAGCUAUGAGUUUUCUUUCUUUCUUUUUUUCGUUUGUUUGGUUAGAGAUUGAAGUAAUCGUUCAAUACUAUAGACACAAGACAGAAAGAAGGACUAAGAUUAUAAAUGUCGCCUAGUGCUAUGUUACAUAAUUUGUACAGAAGUGUUCAUCCUAUUAAGUGAAGGUAGUUGAAACACAUGAUAUAUUUCUUAUUCGUACA